GAAGACCGCAAAUGCUGCCGCUCCUGGUGAGCGCCAGCCCGCGCCGCGUGCAGGGCGUGUCCGGGGCGCCCUCCCCCCGAGUUCCCCCGCAAAAUCCGGCCCGCGGUCGCGCGCGCGCUCCCGUCCCGCUGCUUUGGAGGAGUCUGCAGCCCCGGGCGCGCCCGCACGGCGAUUGCCGCCUCCACUCCAACCUCAUCCACUCUCACUCUGACAUUCUCUCCAGAGUCCUCGCGUCGAGCCCGUGGCGCCGGAGCGCGAGCCCCAAGCUCGGGACACAGCGGGACAUUGACGAUCUGCGAUGCCUGUGCGUGCAGGUGAUCACGUUGCGCGAGCGAUGGCAGCCUCCGACCGACGAUCCGGAGUGGCGUAACUUGGCUCUCGCCAAGGGCCUCGUCCCGUCCUUGCUCAGCCAAGCCGCCGCUCGGGCGGCGGAGCCGCUCGCCCACAUCACGCGCACGCUGGUGCAGCUCGAGGUCAUCGACCACGACGUCGGGCAGACCGCGCUCUCGAACUAUCUGAAGAACUGCCUCGCCAAGUCCAAGGGCAUCUCGGGCCCGUCGUACAACCCGGCCAACGGCUCCCACACGCUACACCGGCACAUCGCCGCGGCGGUGCCCGUCGCCUCGCUCCUGAAGGUGCGCGGCAAGGAGCUGCUCUCGGCGCUGCACCGCACGCGGGAGGAGCCCGAGGCGGCGCCUUCGUACACCGAGCUGCAGGCGAGCGCCGACGCGUCGGCGGCCGCCGCGCGGCGGGAGCAGCAGCGCUCCUCGCAGCUGAGGGCGCAGGUGAAGACGCUCCAGGAGGUCAGCGUCAACGCGGUGCGCAAGGAGGCGGAGCGCGAGGCGAAGGAGGCCGAGGAUGCAGACGGACCGUGGUAUGUGUGUUGUGUAUAUGCUCAUAUCCGCUUGACCUUGAGCAGCAGGCACACACACGCCAAGCGCGUGAGUUGUCGCUCGGGUUGCCUUAACUAGAUAACAUUCCCAUAUUCAUU